GAGGAGGAGGGCAGUUAGUCAGCAGAAGAGGGGAGGGACAGAGGGAGGAGGGCGCCAUGGCCAGCGACGCUCCGCAGCCUCUUGGCGGGGAAGGAGCUGCGGGUUUGGAGUCAGCGAGGCGGGUUUAGGCGUCGUGUGAAGAGGACAGACAACAACAGCAGCAGCUCCUCCUGCUCUUCCCUCUGAAGGGAACGAGUGCGUGUGAAUGCGCGCACGCGUGUCUGUCCCAGGAGCAGCGAGGGGAAGGGAGAGAUGAGGUCGGGCCCAAGCUAAGUAGGGAAGGGAAGCCUGGCUGCGUGAAGAGGGAGAUGGGGCUGAGAGGAGGAGGAGGCACCUGAGGGAAGGAGAGGGCUUGGCAUGAGGCCCUGAGAGGGUGCCCCCCAGCUGCCCUCCUUUUCCUCCCCCUUCCCUUCUUCUUUCCUCUCCUCCUUUCUCUCCUUCCCUCUCUCUCUCUCUCUCUCCUGGGGUUGUGUCAGGUGAGGAGACUCCCAGUGAAACCAGGGCAAGGAAGGGAAUUGGUUCAGACGUGGGUUCUGCCCUCGCCUCCAAGGCCGCCUUCGUUCAUAGGGCAGAGGAAGGCUUUGGGGAGGGCUGGCUUGGCUUUGAAGGGAGGGAGGAAGGAAGGAGAGAAGGGGCAACAGAGGGAAAGGGUGCAUUGCGUUGUGUGUGUGUUUGUUUGCAAGAGAGAGAGAGAGACACUCUCUCUUGUGUUUUUAUCCUGUUUUGUGAGGAUGGCCACCCCCUUCAAGGAGGAAGAGGAGGGUUGCCAGAGUGUUUUUAUUUAGCCAAGAGGGAGGCAGGGACUUUGGGGGAGAAGGAGGAGGUGGGAAAGGCAAGCUGAACCCUCCUUCUUGCCUUCCUCCCUUUAUUUUCUUCCUUCCUUCCUUCCUCUUGGCUGGUUUGGUCGAACAGGUAAAACAGCCAUGGAGGCCAGCCUGGCUUGACAUUAUUAUUGCCCCCAGGCUCUGUGGUGAUUCAGAGCCUUUGGGUUGUGUUGUGUGUUGAGUGUGGUUGUGUGUGUGUGUGUGUGUGUCUGGGUGGGGGUUAGGGUUCAGCUUUGGUUGCCUAAGCUUUUGCCCUGGCAGGUUAUAAAUAGACCUGUCCAGACUCUGUGUCAAGGAAGGACAGAGCCACUGGCAAGUUGGAGAGAGAGAGAGAGACACACACAGAGAGAGAGAGGCUGGCUGUGUUUAGCCUUUUCCCCAGCAGGUUGCUGCUGUUUCCAUCAUGAGUGCCAGGAGGAGGCCUAGCUGCUACAGCUUCUUGUAAGCUGUUAAGGAUAAGGCUUGGGUUUUUGUUUUUAUUAUUCCAUUAACAACAACAACAACAACAACAGAGAGAGAGAAAUAGCUGGAGACAACAUCAACACCACUGCAACCUUCUUAAAGGCAUCCUUCUUGAUCCAGCCUUGAGAGAAAAACAACAACAAAGAUUAGACUCAAAAUGAAGCCUGACCGAGAUACUCUAGAUGAAUACUUUGAAUAUGAAGCUGAGGAAUUCCUUGUCAACUUGGCCUUGCUGAUUACUGAAGGGAGAACACCAGAAUAUUCUGUAAAGGGGAGAACUGAAGGCCUCCACUGUCCUCCAGCACAGUCAAGUCAACCUAUAAGAACUAAGCAUGAGUGCAGUGACAAACUUGCCCAGUGUCGUCAAGCUAGACGCACUAGGUCUGAGGUUACAUUGCUGUGGAAGAAUAAUAUUCCUAUCAUGAUAGAAGUGAUGCUGCUUCCAGACUGUUGCUAUAGUGAUGAAGGACCCACCACAGAAGGGAGUGACUUAAAUGACCCAGCAAUCAAGCAAGAUGCACUGUUACUAGAAAGAUGGAUUUUGGAGCCAGUUCCGCGACAAAGCGGUGAUCGAUUUAUCGAAGAGAAGACCCUCUUAUUGGCUGUCCGUUCUUUUGUGUUCUUUUCUCAGUUAAGUGCUUGGCUGAGUGUCUCCCAUGGAGCAGUCCCUCGUAAUAUUCUCUACCGAGUGAGUGCUGCACAUGUGGAUCUCCAAUGGAUGUUUUCCCAGACACCAACAGAACAUUUUUUCCCUGUCCCUAAUGUUUCUCACAAUGUGGCCUUGAAAGUCAGUGUCCAGUCUUUGCCUAGACAAUCUAACUAUCCAGUCCUGACUUGCAGUAUUCACACCAACCUUGGCUUUUAUGAAAAGAGAAUAGAAGAACAUAAUGGACACCAGCACUGUGAUUCCAUCAAGACAGAGCAAUGCAGUGCUCCCACCUCACAGCGUGCUUGUAGCAAACUGUUGUGGACUGAAGGUGUGCUUAGUGGGAAAAAAGGCCCUGAGUUAAAUACAGCUGUCAAAAACCUGAAACUUUAUCCAUCAAGUGGACUUUUGUCUGACUUUGGAGCAUCAGAGUCUAAAGUUCAGUGCUUUACAGCUGCUGCUGACAAUAGGAAGUUAACGCAAGAACCAUCAGAGAGAUCUCCAAAAUCUUUCUGCUUAGCUGAUUCCCAUGUCCGUAAUGGGUACUCUUCUCGCCAUUCAUUAGGUGAAUCUAUUCCUUUAAUAGGUUCUUUACUACAGGAGAGGCAUGAAGUUAUAGCAAGAAUUGCCCAACAUCUGAUUCACUGUGAUCCAGCAACAUCACCAGUUAUGGGGCGGCCAUUCAGCAUGAAUGACACAGGCUUGGUAAACUCAAAGGUUUUGCACAGUACACAUGAAGAAGAAAAUUUGUUGAAGAAGGGAAGGGAACCACCUUCUGUUUCUACUACUAUUAUCACAGAACAUACUUCAUCUGAAAACAGCAGUAUUAGGAAAGCCCAAAUAACACCGGAAACACCAUUAUCCAAUUCUUAUAUUCCAUUGAACCAUUGCUCCCGCCAAACUGUAGAGGAAACAAAUCCUAUUAUCAGCUCUUUACUUCAAGAGCGGCAAGAAGUUAUAGCAAGGAUUGCUCAACAUCUGAUUCACUGUGAUCCACCAAUAUCACAUGUUGCUCAUCCUGUGUUUCAUGUUCAAGAAAUGAAGUCAGCUAAUCCAAAGGCUUUGCACCAUCCCUAUGAAGAGGACAACCUCUUGAAGAAAUGCAAAGAAGCCACUUCAGAGGUUUCAACGUUGACUUUAACAGAAGACAACCAAAAGAGAAAAGGUAAAAUGCCAGCAACCCCUUGUGGUUCACUUAGAUCUGAUGACGAACUGAAGGUAUCUCCAAACUCCCAAGUAAGAAGAAAACUGCUGCUAAAGGAGCCCAAUGAAGUAGUCCAAAAUGCAUUUCAGCAAUCUUCUACCAAUAGAAAUAAACGUCCAUUAACUUGCCUCAACCAAUCAUGUAAUAAAGAAGAAAAUGUAUCUACCAAAUCAGAAUUGGCAGAUAAAUCAGAAUCUGUCUUUUCUGCUUGUUCCCAUAAACCCCAAGUGGCAAAGAAAGGUGUUGCCAAGCAGUAUUUACAUUUCAACAAUAGUGAUGAACAGAUUUGUGCAGAUAAAUGUAAGAACAGAACACUCACUAGUGAAAAUAACAACCCAGACUGUUUAAACAGUCCACAGUUUGAUCAGUCCAACAUACUUGAAAACAUAAAAGUGACUGUAAUGCAGGGAUCUGAUAGUUUGCACAAAACUGAGCUUAAGCGCUUAAGUAAAGAUUCUAAGCAACCAAAUGCUUCUGAACAAAACUCCCAACUGGCUAGUAUUGAAAACUAUUUACAUAAAGGCCUUGAAAAUUUCAAAUGCAAAACUAAGCAAGACAAGGUAAAAAGUGCAAAUGAUGAGAAUGAAGACCCAACAGAUUAUGAAGUACAAAAAUGUUCUCAGAAGAAGCCUGUUGAAGACUGCUUGGUGGCUUUGUUUGAACAAAAGAAGAAUGCAGAGUUAUUGAGGACAGUAUCACUCAAGCGUGUGUGGCACAAAAACAGUUUUCACCAUUUGGAUGGGACAUCUACUAAAGCUUUCCAUCCUCGAACUGGAUUGCCUCUACUUUCAAGUCCUGUUCCUGAAAGGAAAACACGAUCUGGAUGCUUUGAUCUAGAUACGUCAUUAUUGCAUCUGAAAUGUUUUUCUUCUAAAAGUCCACAACAGUAUAUAAACAAAGAGCAUGAUCCAGAUGUCGAUGAGAAACCAUUUCUGAGUUCAAGCGCACCACCUGUAACAAGUCUUAGUCUCCUAGGAAACUUUGAGGAAUCUGUACUGAAUUACCGUUUAGAUCCUUUGGGCAUUGUAGAUGGUUUCACAGCUGAAGUGGGUGCAAGUGGGGUUUUCUGUCCAACACACAUGACUCUUCCAGUUGAGGUUUCAUUCUACAGUGUUUCUGAUGACAACGCACCCUCUCCCUAUAUGGGUGUAAUUGCUUUAGAGUCCCUUGGUAAAAGGGGUUAUCGGGUACCUCCUUCAGGAACAAUACAAGUGACCUUAUUUAACCCUAACAAGACUGUGGUGAAGAUGUUUGUGGUGAUAUAUGACUUACGAGAGAUGCCUGCCAAUCAUCAAACAUUCCUACGGCAAAGAACCUUUUCUGUCCCUGUGAGACGAGAAACAAAGAGAAGCAUCAAUAAAGAAAAUACCCGACAUACAGAAGAAAGACUACUACGCUACCUCAUUCACCUGAGGUUCCAGAGUUCUAAGUCUGGAAAGAUCUACCUCUACAGAGACGUAAGACUCCUGUUUUCUCGGAAAUCCAUGGAAGUUGACAGUGGCGCUGCAUACGAACUCAAGUCUUACACGGAAUCGCCAACAAACCCCCAGUUUUCACCCCGAUGCUAGCAGGAUGCAACAAUGAAAACCAUUUGGUCAAUUACCAGAUUACUGUUUAAGUCAAACAGUUGGCAUGAAAGAUACUGGGUACAAGUUAAAUAGCAAAGAGAGUGGGAUGAUGGUCAGAUGGGAGUCAAGGCUCUUCUGGACUCUUGGACCAGUUCUUAAAAAGGCUUCUGGAAUGAGCUUCAUGUAUUCCAAGUAGACUGGAACAUACUUAGUCCUAAUCUUUUUUAUACUGGUUUUAAACCACUUCAUUGGAUGUGUUGCAAUAGCAGAUUCCCAAAUUAGUUUAGUGUUUACACUUUAUUUUAUUUUAUUUUUGGUUAUUUAAUAUUUAAUGUUUCUUUUACUUAAGUGACGUUUGUCUUUACUGUUCUAAUGUAGCACAAAUCCUAUGUAAAAUCAUAUUACGUAUUUUUGACAUUAAUAUUGAAAUCCGAAAUAUAUACAGAAAGUCUUUA